UGUUUGAAAACCGGUGGCGGAAUCAAAGCUGACGGAUAAAAAAAACCCGGAACAAUCUGUUUAUAUUCAAAGAAACGUGCGUAGUGAUUCUCUUUUACAUUUAUUAGGGGCCAACCUCCCCUUCGAAUCUCAUGGUGAAUCAUUAAACACUCAAAAUGAAUUCUUCUCCGACCAAGCCGAGCUGUGAUUGCUGCGGCUAGCUGCUAGCCGUUUCCAUAGCAACGCUGUAAAAGAGUUGGAGGUUCCUCCUGUCCAGAAACUGUCCAGAAACAUGGAAACAGAGGUGGAGUUUCUGCGUGAUCAAGUCCGUAGGUUAAAUUCUGCUCUGAGCCAGUACCAGCAUGAGCAAGGCGCCCAAGCCCCUCCAUCUCAGGUGGAGGACGGACAGCGGACGGAGUCUCCUGCUCCUUGGCUAUCAGACAGAGGUAUAAUGGCUCCUCUCAUAGCGGAGUAUGAUCGGCACAUGGAUGACAUGACGCAACAGCUCCAGAAGUAUCAGGAGCUGAUGAGUGACGUCAAACUGAAGCUGGACAGGGUUGUGAAGGAAAACGAAAGGUUGCACGCAGAGCUGAGGGAGUCUGUUGAGAAGCAGAUCCAAGCUUCGGCCGCGGCACCGGGACCGGAGGGCAGCACAAUGGAGGAGGACGCCAUCAUCAGAAACCUCCAAGAACAGAUCCAGCUCUCAGAACAGGAGCGGGCGAGCGCCAUGGAGCUGUGGCGGACGACGGCCCACGAGCUGGACCGCCUGCAGCAACUCCAGCAGAGGACCGCGGCCGACUGGCAGCAGCGCGACGCUCAGAAGCAGCAGCUCAAGGAUCAGCUCGCUCACUUCCAGCAGCACUCGGCCAAACUCCAAGUGGCCAAUCAGAGACUGGAAUCAACCAACCAGCAGUUCCUGAAGACGGUGACGGAGCAGAGCGCAGAGAUGGAGGAGCUGCACUCUCAGCUCAGCCAGACCAAGGCUGAACUGAGGACGGCCACGGCCAAGGUGGACGAGAUGACCAGACUGCUGCAGAACGUCCAGGAGCAGAUGCAGAGGCGGGAGGCAGAUGUGACGGAGGCGCAGGGCAGAGAGGACGCCUCAGACCGACGACUCCAGCAGCUGCAGAGCUCGUUGAGCCAACUGGAGACCAGGUUGAAAACUGCCUCUCAGGAGGCGGAGGCCGUCCGCAGAGAGCAGACUGUGUGGGAGAGGAAGGUGGGGGAGCUCCAGGCUCGCUGCACCACCCUGGAAGAGGAAAAGUACGAGGCUCUGUCCAAAGUCAGGGAAAGUCUCCAAGUAUCUGAGGAGGCUGCUCUGCAAAAGGACGAGGCUCUGCUGAGGGAAAAACAGAAGGCAGAGGAGCUGGAAACGAGCAAGAAGGCCAUCAAACACCUGAUCCAGGAGGCGGGCGUCCGGACCAGGAAGGAGGUGGCGAAUGUGCGCAAGCAGUGCAACGUCCAGAUCCAGCGUCUGGCCGAGGAGCUGUCGGCCCUGCAGCUGGAGUGCGCGGACAGAGAGUCCCAACUGGAGCGGUCCCUCCGUGAGAGAAGAGCCGUGGAGGAGGAGCUGGAGAAGGUGUACAAGGAGGGCAGGGCAGACCCGGAGGUCAGGAAGAUCGAUGCCCUUCAUCAGAGGUGUCUGGAUGCAGAGAGGUUAAAGGACGACGUCAGCCUCACGCUGCUGAGCACCCAGAACAAGCUGAAGAAGCUGGACCUGGACUACAGCGAGGAGCUGUCCCGGAGUCAGGAGGAGGUGCGGCGGCUGCAGGGCGCUCUGGCUGCGACGCGGGACGACUGCAUCGGCGUCAGCGAGGAGCGGCUGCAGCUGCAGCAGGAGAACCUGCAGCUGCGCAGGGAGGCGGAAGAGCUGCGCAAAGCCGCCACGCUGGCCCAGAAGAAAGCCAGGCAGAAGGUGGAGCAGGCGGAGCAGGAGUUCAGCCUGAAGGAGCGGGGGCUGGACGCCCGGGUCAGGGAGCUGGAAGAAAGCAGCAGAAGCCGCAGCGCCGACCUGACGCGACUCCUGGCGGCGCAGCAGAAGAGCACGCAGCGCUGGAAGGACGAGGCCAAGAACCUGGCGCAAGUCUUGGAGAACAAAGUGACGGGCCUCAAAGCCGAACUGGGUCGACAUAAGAAGCGUUCCCAGGAACUGGAGCUGCAGCUGGAAACGGACCACCAGGCCAUCAGCGAGUACGAGAGGCAGCUGGCGGAGCAUCAAGAGAAGACGAGUCGUCUCCAGAGACGCCUGACGCUCGCUGAACAGAGGGCCGCCGCCGCGUCGCAGCAGCUCGCUGUGGCCACGUCACGACGCAGGAAAACAUCCGCGGUGGAUCCAGAGACCGCCUGAUCAAGAGACGCAUCCACGUGUCCGGAAGCCGCUGCUCAGGCGACAUCUUUCCUCCUCCAGAGGAUAAAAAAACUUUAAAAACUUUGCACAAACCUAAACAUUUACACAAGGGAGUCAUGUCCGGUGUGUAUUUGUGAAAUAAACUUUGUAACCUUGUUUGUAAAAAAAGUCACAAAUAUAUUUAAAAAAAACCUCAGCAGCUCUGUGGUUGGUCGUCUCCAUGACAACAGAAUUUCACAGUUUACCCAGUGAGCAAAAAAAAAGAGUUAAAUUCGUACAGCAGGAUACAGCUGUUCAGUCUGUGAACUGAGGAAAAGGUAAAAGCUUAUUUAUCGUCAUUAUUACAACAAUCCAGAGCGGACUGGUGGAACAGGAGCAGCUGGAGGUGAUUCUGACCCGUCUGAAACAUCUCGGACCCAGAACCAGAGGCUGCUUUCACAUGUUUAGAUGUAACAAUGCAGGCUUGACAUGGGUGCUGUUGAGGUUUUAGUGGAAAUAAACUGAAAGGGAGGAUCUCAGCGCUGCUGUCUCUGCCAGGACAAACGGAGGAUGAGGGGAAAGAAGCUUCUUUCUGAAGGGAUAAACGGUUCAACAGCACCAUCUAGUGGCCAGAUAGUGAAAGACAUGUUGACCAUCCGCCCCCGCGUGCAGUUCUCCUGUUGCUCCACCAGAGGGCAGUCCUGCUCCUCCUAGCCGAUGGAAACAAGAAACCAGCCUACAGUCCAACAAUGUCUGUUUUGUAACGGUUUUAUCCACUUAUGUAAACUAUUAUCGAGAAUUCAAAAAG